AUGGACGAUGGCGGAGAGAAGCGGUCAAGCGAGCAGUUUAGUCGAUUAAAAGCUCGGAAGGUCCUUGGAGUAGGUGACGACCACGGCUUCAGUCCCACUUCCAAGAACUACUUGGAAGGCUAUGAGCGCCUGGCAAAUUUCUACCCCUUAAAACAGGACGAGAAGCCACUGAUUUCCGAGUUGACAAAUUGGACAAAUUCUGGGGAACUGCGUGUCCCCCUGCCCCGAACCAAGUGUCUUGACAAUCUGUCAAUAACUUCGCAUGUAAUCGGUGCGACUGACCAGACGACGUCGGAGGCAGCCCACUACGAAGAAAUUCACUUCCAAAUGCUCAAUUUUUGGGCCUUCAAAGUGGGCAUUAGUUUGGCUCUCAUCUACGCGUCUAUCACGACCAAACCGGGCGUAGUUAACUUAGCCAUGGUGACUGUCUUCGCAGUAUUUGCACUCAGUACAAUUGUUCAAAGUGGUAGCGACUUCUUCUUCUUCUUCUUUGAAAGGUCCUUAAGACGUCUAGCUCGUGUGAUCUUUCAAUGCGUAUGGAAUAGGCUUCCAGCGACAGCUGGCGAGUUCGCCACCCGAAGGCGUUGUGCGUCGAGUGUGUUGUCUUACAAGUCAUCUCGUGUUCUUGGUGCCGACAUUGUGUCUUAUAAACGUAUUAGAGGUGGUGAUUUCGAUCUUGGCGACCAGCCGCGCCUCGGACAGCAGCCUCAAAAGUUUGAAGAUGUGGAGUUGCAAGCUCAACUGCAUGAAGGCUCAACGCAAGCGUAA